AUGGCGGCGGAGAUACCCUGCUGCGGAACAAAGUUCUCACUGUACGUGUUGGUGAUCGUAGGAUUGGUUUGUUUCGCGGGCCUAAUGGCUGGUCUCACUCUCGGACUCAUGUCCCUCGGACUCGUCGACCUCGAAGUUCUCAUGAAAUCUGGUCGCCCUCAGGAUCGAAUCCAUGCUUCGAAAAUUUAUCCAGUGGUUAAAAACCAGCAUCUUCUGCUUUGCACGCUUCUAAUUGGAAACUCCUUAGCCAUGGAGACUCUUCCCAUUUUUCUUGAUGCGCUGGUGCAUCCUGCUGCUGCAAUCUUGAUUUCGGUCACUCUCAUCCUCUUGUUUGGAGAGAUAUUGCCGCAAGCAAUUUGCACGAGAUAUGGAUUGACGGUUGGAGCGACGCUGGCUCCACUUGUUCGUGUUCUUCUUCUUGUUUUCUACCCGGUUUCUUAUCCAAUCAGCAAGGUUCUUGAUUGGAUGCUGGGUAAAGGACAUGCUGCCCUUUUGAAGAGGGCAGAGCUCAAGACUUUUGUGAAUUUUCAUGGAAAUGAGGCCGGUAAAGGAGGAGAUUUAACUCAUGACGAGACAACCAUCAUUACUGGGGCACUUGAAUUGACAGAGAAGACUGCAAAAGAUGCCAUGACUCCCAUAUCAAAGGCAUUUUCCCUUGAUCUGGAUGCAACUCUAAAUUUGGAGACACUGAAUUCAAUAAUGACAAUUGGUCAUAGCAGAGUUCCGGUUUACGCAGGAGAGAAAACUAAUAUUAUUGGACUUGUUCUGGUGAAAAAUCUCUUUAUGGUUGAUUCAAAGGCUGCAGUUCCUCUAAGAAAAAUGGUCAUCAGAAAAAUUCCUCGUGUUUCAGAGAACAUGCCUCUCUAUGAUAUACUGAACGAAUUUCAGAAGGGUCAUAGUCAUAUUGCAGUGGUGUAUAGGGAUCUAAACGGUAAAAACGAGGCCCCCAAAAAGGUUAAAGAUGGGGAGCAACAUGAUCUCAGGGACAACUGUAAGAAUAAGGGAGACAAUGCACCCUCGGCUAAAGGUUCUAAAUUGGAGUCAGGCGAUACUUUGAUGACUGUUACCAAGGUUGAUGGUGCUCAACAAGCAAAGAAAAGUCCACCAGUAACUCCUGCUUUUAAAAAGCGACAUAGAGGUUGUUCAUAUUGCAUCCUGGACCUUGAUAAUUCGCCCCUGCCAGUAUUUCCACCCAAUGAAGUGGUUGUUGGUGUUAUUACGAUGGAGGAUGUCAUCGAAGAGCUUCUUCAGGAGGAGAUAUUAGAUGAAACUGAUGAAUAUGUCAAUAUCCAUAACAAGAUAAAAGUUAACAUGAAUGCUUCAAAGGAGAAGGCCCCUGAUGCAAAUCUGUUGCAACCUUCUCAAGCAGUUCAAGGACACACACCAUCUAAUUCAAUUUCUACAGCUACUUCUGCAACUGGCUCACCUACCACAAUCGAUCUAAUCUCUGAAAGUGAGUCACUAAGGAAUCAAUAG